AUGGCCGUCCGUCCCAUCCGGAAUCUGAUGCAUCUCAGCGCCGCUGACAUCUACAGAGCCGUCACCCUGGCGGACCGUAUGAGAACCGUGGGACCCGAAUGGAUCGCCACCGACAAUAGCUACGCUCGACUUGAUCUGCCACAGGUGGAUGUCUACUGCUCUGGCAUCUGUUCUGCGGGAACUUAUGGGCAUACGGUCGCUGCUGGCUGGGGCGUCUACUUCGAUGAGCAAGAAUUCAGGUAUCUCAACGGUGGUGGCCCGGUGACAGGGCGGCGGACAAAGUACAGAGCCGAGCUGAUGGCUAUAUAUCAUACUCUAGUCAAGAUCCCUCCCGACCACCAUGUGGUCAUCUACACUGAAUCAUUCCAUGUGCUCGACUGCUUUUAUGUGUGGUUCGAUUAUUGGGAGGUCCACGGCUACUUCAACGUCGAUGGCAGUCGAGUGGACAAUAGGAGCCUCAUACAGGAUAUCAUGCGAGAACGAAGAUUGCACCGGGGCAAGGUUGAAUUACAGCACGUCACAAUGCCUUACGAGCGACCUGGUGUGAUGAUCGCUGAGCGGAUUGCGUCUAACGCAGCUCGCGACUGUGCUAGGUCACAUGUGUAUUGA